UUAAUCACCUCUGGGUUUUUAUCUUUUCUUAAACAAACCAAAAAACAGACAAUUUUGAAAAAAAAAUGUUUUUUCUUAGUUUUUGUUAUAAAAUUUUGUAAAUAAGUGAUUUUCCUCCUUCACUGAUGUGCGCUAAUGAGGCUGCAGUGAUGGGCACUGAUAGGUGGUACUGAUUGACAUUAAUAGGUGGCACUGACUGGCACUGAUGGGUGACACUGAAAGGCAGCUCAGAUGGGCAAUGAUAUAUGGCAU